GAGAUAAAUAAGGCGUUAACUUCCUGUUUGUAAAUGGCGACGAGUGAGAAAAUUUUAGUGAAGUCGAAGAGUGGACUCAGAAUGUUGUGUGUUGAUGAAAAAUUAGCGAGUCCAUUUACGUUAGAAGAACCACCAUGGUCCGAAGAAGUAAGCAGGGAAAUAAUACAAUUAAGCAUACACCCCAUCUGAAGUAUUAGUAGCCGAGAUAAAGGGACACUUUACAGUGAUUUACAGUUCUCAGACUCAACUUCAACACAACUGCAACACUUGACUUAAACUUUUUAAGUCUUUAAAAAAAUCGAACUAAAAAUAGAAUCUAGCUAGAGGUGGACCAUCCAUAUAACAUAUACGCACUGUUUAAAGAGUGGCGAUUUGAUUUAGGAGUUGUAGCAAAUGGCAAGGGAUGAGAAGGAAAAAAAAAGGGGGGGGGAUACUCAGUUCUCUGGUUGAGACCCCUUCUAUCCAGAAUUUCUGGCAAUGUUGUCUAGGUUUGUUUAUAACACUCUCAUCUCGCAAUAAUCAGGCUUAUGCUUGCAAACAUAAACAUUAAGUGUACCUAGUGAAAUCAAAGUUUAAUAUUCGUAAUUUCAUAUUCUUCAGAGGUGAAUGUCCACAACACUUUACUAUACCUUGUAAUCCAAACAACUUUCAAAAACAUAAUGAGAACUUCUAACUAACUCUAGCACACUUUCUUCAUCUCUGAUUCGCUCCAAGAUCCACUCACUAAAAACAAACUCUAAAGCAAUGACAAAAUGUCAUCCUCCAUACCCAAAAACAUCACCAAUACCAACUACAUAGAAAAAGCUACACAAUCUCAACACUAAAUACACUCACUAACAAAUCAAGUAACAAUGCUAGCCACUCACAACAGUGAUUCUCAUAACCUUGACAGGGGGGUCUCUGCACAAUCUGUUGUAUACAUUACAUUCAUUCAUCCACUUAUUAUCAUUUAUGCGCAGACUUGGCAACAAUUAAUUAACCAGAAAUAGUGAAAGUCCAUACAUAAUAAUGAUACAUUAAAAUAAUAUACAACUGAAACUCAUAUCUCUAAUAAAACCAACUGUCAUCCAAAGGUCUGUGAAAUCCAUUUCAAAAUUAUUUUCAAAGGCUAUAACUUAGUAUAAAAGGGGACUAUUGAUAAAGGAAAUGAUGUCAUGUUAUUUUGACUGAUUUCCCCCCCCCCCUCCUUUUCCUAUUAACACAAUUUUAAAAAAUAAUAAUACCAUUACACAUUAUCACACUUGUGAACCUAUUCUUCCACCCACCCACCCACAUUCAAAAUUAUUUUCAAAGGCUAUAACUUAGUAUAAAAGGGGACUAUUUAUAAAGGAAAUGAUGUCAUUUUAUUUUGACUGAUUUCCCCCCCCCCCCCUCCUUUUCCUAUUAACACAAUUUUAAAAAAUAAUAAUACCAUUACACAUUAUCACACUUGUGACCCUAUUCUUCCACCCACCCACCCACACCUCCAUUGGAUGCAUAAUGUCAUUAAUGGAUGGUUAGUGUAUCCCUUCUUAUUAUUAGUCUGGGUUAUCUAAAUAGAACAUCACACAACUAACUUGUAAAAUAAAAUAAUGAGUCAGGUUUUCCCAUGAUUCACUGUAUUACCGGUACAUAAAUAACUUCACACAAAUAACUUGAAUGGAUGGGCUAUAACUUAAAUCCAUGUGAGAUGAAUGUGAAACAGUAGUUCAGUAAUAAUUAUUACCAGGUUACUGAAAAUAGUUACAUGUCUGCAGACAAGAGAAGACUUCAAUCAACUCCCUGACCUUUUUAUGUCUGGCCCAACAUAGCUUACAAAAUAGUCUAAUUGAAUGGAGAUGAAACUUAAAUAUGUUUUAUUUUUAUUAAUUUUUGAAAAUAUUUUCCGAAGACUUUCUUUUGCGUAAUACAUUUUAUGAAAUUUUAAAUUAUUUUCUAAAUUGGUGUGCUCUUUUUAAUUACUUUUGGAUAGAAAGUCUUUUUAACAUAUUUUUUUUUAAAUAUUUGUUUAUUUUGUACUUGUUAGUUUUGAAAUUUUAAUCUUUAAAUUAUCUACAAAAGUACUCUUUUUUUAAGCAUCAAAUGCUUAGGAAAUCCCGUUUAAAGUAACUUAAGUGUAUAUUUAAAAAUAAUAAAAAUACUUAACUAUAUUUGUUAUACAUUUUAUAUGACAAAUCAUAUUAUAUGCUAACAAUAUCAUUUAAUAAGUGAGCAAAGUGAUUUUUUAAUAAUUUGAAGACAAACAGAUGUGGAGAAAACAUUUAUGUCUCUUUUUUAAAAUUUCAGUGCAGCUUUUGUGAGAAUGUUGACUGUAAACUAAAGUUUGAUAUUUUAAAAAGAAAGGUAGGAACUUCUCAGUUAUCUGUCUAUUAAAGUUAAACAUAUUAUAAUUGAAACCUUGUUUUUUAGAUAUAAUAAAUACUACAAAAGCCUACAAUGUUACGAUUGAAAGUAACUUAUACAAAUUAUUAAGAGAAAUUGGCGUUAUUAAAUGAUUAUGAAAUCUUUCUGUAGCUGCUGCAAGUAUAUUACAGGACAUUAAAUUGUUUCUUUUCCUACUCUGUUUUGUUGUCUUGGCAUGUGCGGUAGACAUUGGUGAAACAAUUCUCAUGAUUAAUUUUCUAAAAUUAAUGACGCAUUAUUCCAAUUUACUUUAAAGUUUCAGUUGUGCCCUGCUCCUGAAGAUUAUUUCCCUUUGAUAACUUGUAGGCUAAUCUCACAUACCAAUACCAUCUUUUUAAAAUUAAUUUUUAAUAUCGUGUUUUAAAAUAAUUUGUUUACAACCAGCAUCACUGUCGGCGUUGUGGUAAAUGCUUCUGUAACACCUGCUGCAAUAACAUGAUUACUCUCCAUCGAAUGGGUUUUAUAGACCCAGUUAGACACUGCAGGUCAUGUUUCAACAUAACAAAGAAGGAAAAUGAGUUUUUCGAGAAACACAUCAAAACACUUACAUUCGGUAAGUAACUUUGGUUAUAUUGGAACAAGAGUAUUAUUUUUAACAUUUAAUUUCCAUCAUGCCCUUACCUACUCAGGACAGAUUAACUUUGCCAGUUCACAUAUAGACAUUGCUAGAAUAUCUGGGGGAAAUGAAAAUGUUGUUACCCAUAAAUUUUGGCACUAUGGGCAGAAAUAUUAGUAUUAAUCUUCAGUUUAUAAUUGUAGUAAAAGCCAAAAAGGACAGUUGGAUUCAGAAUUGCAAAUUUUUACAACUAAUUUACACAGUAUUACUAAGGCUAAGGGAUUUGGCUAGAUGAAGUAGAUGGGAGGCUGGCAAAUCCACCAUCUGUGGUGAAAAAGUAUUCCGGAAAGCUAUUCACAAAUCUUUGUUUGGAAAUUAAUCUAGUGUUUUUAUUGCCUGAUACUGAGAUAUUAAUACUAGGCAAAGUUUUUCAUCAGUUUUUUUGCAUAGUACUAACAACAGCCUAUUUCAUUUAUGAAUAUUCUUCCAGCUCAUAUAAUUAAUAACUGUCAUCAGUUUAUAGAAAUCGCAAGGUAAAUUUCAAUACUGUAUGUAUUAUAUAUGAAGAUUGAGAAGAUGAGUCAAACUUAUUUUUAAUUGUCAUACAAGUACCCUAGGAAGCUAUGUGAUACUAAUACCCCAGCAAUUUAUGAGACUCUAGCACCUUGGCCAGCAAUGUGCUACUAGAACCCUGAGUAAGUCAGUGCUCUGUGUUGGAAGUGAGUUGAGCUCGAAAUGUACCUGAUGAUUUCCAAAUCUGUGUUAUUCACAAGUUAAUAUUAUUUUUGUGUGGUGUUUUAUCGUUAAUUUUUAUGAUUUUUCCCCAGCAUUUAUGUAAUGUGUGCAUUGUGAUCAUGAUUUUAAGCCUUGUUGAACUUUAUUAGCAUAUUCUGAAACUAUUCAAUGCUUAUUAUUCAACAUUGACUUGUUUAAAAACUUGUUUUAAAAACAAAAAAGAUACAUCCAACACUGAUAAACUUUGAAUCAAUAAAGCCUAUAAUUUAAUCAUUCCCAAAAAGCUGCAUUAAACAAUGGGUUUUUAUUUUUGAAAUUAGUAUUACUUGUAAUUUAAGAUCGGGAAUGUCGUCUACAUUUCCCCAAUAAUGAGUCUUUUUUUUAAGUUUGUACAAUCGGUACAUACUUAAAAAGGUGGGUUUUUUUUUCUUGAGGUCUGUGUUCUGUCUAAUAAAGUACCUCAAUUUGGUCUUUGCUGCUCUGUAUUAUCCAAUGGCUAUUUUCUGUUGAUUUUCAGUUAUAGAAAACAUUAGUACAGCUCCAACUUUGUUGCAAAAACAAAAUAAUUUUACCAUAAAUUUUUUACCAAGUAUAAGUAAUUCCAGCGUUAAUCAACACUCAUUACAACAGUGAAAUUGUAUUUUUUCUUAUGUAAAUUUUUAUUUCAGGAGGUCAUUUUAGGCGCCAUCCAGAUGACAGCAGUGAUGUUCUCCCAGGUGGCUCGUUCACAUGUACACUGUCAUCAGACCAAAGGUAAGAUCUGUGGACCUCUCUAGAAAAAUCAGUACGUUUUCCAUCUUUUUUUGCAAAAACAUCUUUACAGAAACUAGCAAUAUUUAUUAUUUGCUUUGAUUUUUUCAUCUUCAAACAAAUAAAUUACAGUUGAUUUUUUCAAUAUCUAUCUGGGGCCGGGGCACACACAAAAAUAAUCUGUUCCUAUUUUUACUGUUUAUCAAAAACUGAUUUUCAGGGGAAGGCCCCUGUCUACAUAUUUAGAAAUGAUUCCUUGCAUUGAAGAACAUAUUAGACUUAGACUCCAAAAAAUAUUACCAAAAUAUGUUGUUUCUUUCCCUAGAUUUCCAUUAAAAAAAAUUUUUAAAAAAGUUUCCUUGACAGCUGCUGAUGUUAAAAAUGUGGUGUUGUCAACUGUUGUAUAUCCUUUUCAAACAAAAUUCCAAUGAGCUCUAAAAAGAUGUUCUAUUAAUUUUCUUUAAGGAAAAGUUUAAUGAUACCUUACUUUGAAUAUAGAAAAUCAAGGGAAUAUAAUUUUUUUUUUUGUCCUGUGGUAUACUGUAAAAUAAAUUUAUUAGAAACUCGGAAAUUUUUAUUUAAUGAUAUUUUAACGUCUGUGUAAGCUUGUGGACCUAAGAAUGUGCCUGCUUUACCUUCAUAAAAUUAUAUGUACUGGAUAUUUUGGUCCUGAUUAGUGUCAGCUACAGUUAUUUUAUUUCAGAUGGUAAUAAAAUAUGUUGUCUAAAUUUGUCCAGAUAUAUCCACCUUGAAAGUGAUGGAGAAACAAUAGAGAAAAUCUUCAUUGAUAAGAUUGAAUCUGUACAACUUGCAGCUGCAACAGUUGAUCAACUAGGUCAGCUAACACAUGUUUUAUAUAUUCCUUGACCGAUUUUACUGUCAUUUUUGAAUGUCCUUUAAGGAUGUUUGUUUAAAUGGAAGUUAAGGACAUAGAAGUCUAUCAUAAGACAUAAGUGAACAGUUGAUACCUUGUUAUUUUUAUUAUAUUUGAUUUUUAGGAUUAUGUUUCAAGAUUUUCUGUAUAAAUUAUUUAUUACAUUAAUAACUAAAAUUAUUUAUUUAUACAGAACAUAUUGAAUGUAUUAUGAUUUGUUGGACCAUUGAACAAAGUUUAAGAAUAUACUAGUCAAUGUCAAAUUACGUCAUUGUAUCGCGGAUAAAGAAAUCUGACCACAUCCCCCAGUUCUACGAGAUCUCCAUUGGGUUCCUGUGUGUGAGUGCAUUAAUUACAAAAUUCUGUCCCUGGCGUACAGCUGCAUAGAAGGCUCUACACUGGGAUAUCUGAAAGAACUGAUUUAUAAACAUGGAUCCUUACAGAACCUGCGGUCUUCAACAUAGUCCUUACUGAAAAUUUUCAGUGUGGAUGAACACAGAAAAAAGUCUUACGGAGUGCGCUCUUUUAAAGCGAUAGCGCCAAAAUUAUGGAACAGUUUGCCUCAAUCUUUGAAGGGAAUUGAAAAUGAUAAAAAGAAACAUUUAAAAACUUUUCUGUUUAAAUAGAUUUAAGUAAACCAGAGCGCAGUGAGCAUGCUAAAGUAGCAUGGAUACCAGCGCUAUAUAAUAUCCAAUCAAUCAAAUCACAAAUGAAGUAAAAAUGAAUUAAGUUCUUUAGAUAAGGCAAAAAACUUAUUUGAUGGCCCUGUUUGGUUGGUUGUUUUUUUUAAAAAAUUGAACACAUUGCUGGCCAUUCGUUAUCGUGAAUCAUAUCAUUUUAACUAAUGCAGGAAGGCCUCUUUACUAACACUAAAGUCGGCUGGUUUGAUAAUGAAUGCAGAGAGACUGUCGAAGAAAGGAACAAGGCAUGAAUGAUCAUGAUACAAAGAGAAACCAGAAAGACAAGACAAAUAUACAAUGAACCUAGGAGGAAAACCAAGAAAAUGUGUAGGAAUAAAAAAGGGAAUGGGGAAAAAGCUAACAUAAAAGAAAUUGAAGACUUUUCAAGAGAGGGAAACAGAGGAAUGAACAUGAAGAUAAAAGACAAAUAUAAUGGAUACCAUGUCAGACCUUAAGAGGGCAAUGAUGCAGAAUUAAUUAUGGAAAAUAGUAAAGUACUGGAGAGAUGGGCUGAAUAUUUUGAAGGCAUACUAAAUGCAGACAAUAGACAAGAUGAAUAUUAUCAACCACCUCAUGGGGGACCAGACCCUUUAAUAAACUCCCCAACUCUGGAAGAAACUAAAGAAGUAAUCAAUUAUAUGAAAAACCACAAAGCCCCAUUACAGCAGAACUUACUAAAUAGGAGGAAGAGAACUACACACUCAGGCACAUACAUUAAUAACUAAAAAUUUUCAAGAAGAGAAAAUUCCAACAGAAUGGGAAACAGCACUAAUAACCCCAAUAUACAAGAAAGGUUUCAAACAUCAAUGCACAAACUACAGUGGAAUUUACCUAUUAAAUGUUACAUACAACAUACUGAAAAAACUAAUUGCCAGACUACAACGGUACACUGAAGAAAUACUAGAUGUCUACUAAUGUGGAUUCAGACAAAACAGAUCAACUGAUCAUUUUUUCACCAUCAGAAGCCUAUUAGAGAAAUAUAACAUGCCAGUACAUCAACUAUAUGUAAAUUAUAAAAUGGCCUAUGUCAGCAUCAAAAGAAAAUAUCAAUAUGAGAUUCUUCAGAAAUUUAGUAUACUCAACAAACUGACAAGACUGAGACAUGUAACAUUUAAAAAAACUCAAAAAGCAAAAUGAAUUUUCAGGGAGAAUAUUCAAGGAGAUUCACUGUCUUGUAUACUUUUUAACCUAACGUUAGACCCAAGACCCAUAACCAAGAGGCAACUCACCCCAACCAACCCCUUCAGCAUCUUGCAUAUGCUGAUGACAUAGCACUGUUAUGGAAAAGUAGUAAAGACAUAUCAAAAGCUUUUAUUGAAAAACGCAUCGCUACAAGCAGGGCUGGAAGUUAACAACCAAAAAAACAAAAUACAUAAAUAUGUUAAGAGAAGAACAGACAGAUGAAACCAUCAAAAUUAGAAACCAGAAUUUUGAAAAAGUAAAUCUAUUCAAAAACCUAGUAUUUACUGGUAUCUUUAUUAAAUGAAAGAAAUGAAUUACUAACAGAAAUAAAUGAGAGAAUAUUAGCUGGAAACAGAGCAUACUCCAGUAGUCAGAAAAUACUCAACAGUAAAAACAUUACAAAAACAAAGAAAAUCUCAAAUUGUAGCAUACAAAAGUGUAACAUGGACCCUAACAAAAGGAUAGAAAACCUUUUUAACACAUGGGAAAGAAAAAUUAUCUGGAAAAUAUAUAGACCAACAAAGGAUGAAUAUGGAUGGAGCAUGUGAACCAACCAGGAACUGUAUAGUCUAUAUCAGGAUCCCACGCUAGUCGCGGAAAUAAAAAUGGGCAGGCUACGCUGAGCGGGACACUUAAAAAGAAUGCCAAAUGCGAGAGGAGUGAAGAGGGUGCCACUACCAAAACCCCAGAGGAAAACAGUUCAAAGACAGAUUUAGGCUUAAAUGGAUGGAUGACGUGGAAAAAGUUAUACAGCAGUUGGGAAUCCAAGCAUGGAAAAGAAAAGCAUCCAUUAGGUAUGAGUGGAAAGAAGUUUUGAGGCAGGCCAAAGCCCUACAUGGGAUGUAGCACCACAGUGAUGGAUGGGUGAGGGAGGCCUCUUUGUGCAUAUGACUGUAUACAAAGUGAUAUGAUACUAAGGUCACAUAAAUGCAUAGCUUUAUAAAUGUUUUCAAAUCAACAUUUUUGUUUAGUCUAUGAUAUAAAAGAUACAGAACCCCAAAAGUUAACAAGUUCCCCAGAUAUAGCAUAAAUCACAUCCAUCUUAUUUGCUUUUAGAGAGCUUACUUAAAUAUUGAUUAAUUUUUAAUGCUAUUAAUUUUUCGAUGCAUGAAAUUUUUUAUUUUUUAAAAAUUAUUUCGCAAUGAAUUCCUUCUCUUUGUUUCCCAGGCAACCGUAUGGCAACAGGUAUUGCUAUUCGUUACACCAAGUCUGUUGACAAUUCUGUGAUGCUUAAAAUGGAUGUCGAUGAUGGUAUCCACAGAAUGCCGAGCAUGUUUUGGGUGGCAGCUUUGCAAAAGGUAUUAAUAUGAUUUUAAGUAUUUAUCUGAAUAGAACUUGUUCAAAUUGUUGUUUUCUUUCAGAAAAAUUUAUUUUAGCUUUAAAAAAUGAAAUAUUUUAUACUAAUAUUUGGUGAAGAUCUAAGCUAAGAAAAAUAUUAAAUUAUUAAAUGUAUUAAUUAAUUCAGCUUGAUGAGAUGAGCAUGAAAUAAAAUGAAAAACUCCUCUAUUAUAAGUACAAUAGCAUAACUUUAAUGGGAAAACUCAUCUGUUUUAAGUACACUAGCAUAACUUUAAUGGAAAACUCAUCUGUUAUAAGUGCAGUAGCAUAACUUUAAUGGGAAACUCAUCAAUUUCUACGUGCAGUAGCAUAACCUUAAUGGCCAGAGUGGACCAGACAAACAAGUUGUGUACAAAAAUCCCAAUGUUUGAACAGUGUCAGUGGCUGUUUCUAAUGAGCUGCUAAGUUUGACUGAGUAGGAAAUAUUAAAGAGACAUUUUUUUGGCUUGACUUUUCUGAUAAAAGACAAAAGGCGGAGAUCAUUAUAUUUAUACAUUAGGGGACUAUUGAUGCACAGUUAAUAUUAAUUUGAAUUAUGCAUCUGUGAUCUGAUUAAGACAACUGUUCUAAGAGUAAGGUACUUCAUGCUUUUGCACAUUCAAAUUGUAUUGUAUGCUAAUGGAGAAAACAACAAACUUGCAAAGUAAAACAGGGAUAAUUUUUUUGCUGGAUACUUGGGUCCAUGUCAAUGAAACUCUAUGUGAAUGUACAUGUUUUAAAAUUUUAAUCUUUUCCUUUUAAGGCCUUCAUGUUAGUCCACGAAUCUCGUAAAAUCAGCACCACAACAUGAUGGACCACAAAGUGAAAUUCCACAACUGUUACAUCACUUCAAAUGUUUGUAUAUACAUUGAAAGUUUUAUAAUGUGUAUUUUCAUCACAGAUACCAUUACUGUAUAUUAGAUAAAUUAUUGCCAGUAAUAUUGCCAGUAAUAUAAAGCCUUUGUUUGAAAUGGUAUUAUUACUUGAGCCACAUGUUUUAAUUUAGCCUAACAUCCAUUAAUAUUUUUAAUCUAAACUCAAGAGACUUUUUACUUUUUCAAUUUAUAUUGCAACGGUAACACUAUUUCCUUCCACAUUAUUGUCUAUAACCAUCCACAGAUUUCUAGGUGACUGCAAUAAUGUAAACACCUUUGUUUUCACUCCUUUUUUAAAUUAAGAAAAGCUUUCACUUUAGAUAUACCAAAACUUCUCUCUAUAAUGGAACAUGGCCAGGACACAUGUUAAAGGAAACCACCACACAUAAUGGUGGCGAAAGUGAAAGAAAAGUUUGAAAAAGAUCAUCUUCCUGAAAUUAAUGAAAAUAUGUAUUUCCCAUUUAGUAGUGCAAUUGGCCAGUACAGUGUGGAUUAAAUCUGACAGCAGAUACCAACCAAGUGUCUCCUAAUUUUUGAAACAUCAAAAUAAAGAGAUCUUACUUCAGGUUUUGUUAUUUAUUCCACUACCCUUGCAAGUUGAUAUGAAAAUAAAUAACAUCAUAAUAUGUUUUCAGAAAAGAUUCUUUUGUUGAUCCAAAUGAAUGGAAAUGGGGUUUUAUUACAUUAUACAUGUUCAUCUUCAGCACAUGAAUAAAUACAUAUUUUAACCAAGACAACAUAUUACAAUUAGAACAAUUUAAACACAAGACAUCUAAAGUAUUUCCCAUGCGUAAACAUCACCCACAAAAAAAAAAAAAAAAAAAAAAGACAACUCCCUAAGUGACAAUAAUGAGUUAAUUAGUGAUCAUUUAGAUUUGGUAACUGCUGGGGGAGCAUGCUGGUAGAUUUUUACAGACUGGAGGAACAAAAGACUGUAUAUCUUUCAGUCCUGACUUUCAAAAACCCUGUGAAAUAUUUUGAAAGCGUGAUUUGAAUUUGAUAGAUUUAAGACACGUUACUUUUUUUUUUUGGGGGGGGGGGUAUUUUUAAAGAGAUGAAUACCAUAUGUUAAUUGUUCAUUUUGAAACAAUUCUAUACAAUCAAAUGAGUAAAAAGAUGAUGAUAUCUAUAGUUACAUAUUCUUACAUUGUUUGAAGUAUAAAUCCUGGUCUUUUUUUUACAGUAAAGUUUGAUUUCAAAGGUUUUGUUUUUCUUAAAGUUUUUUUUCUGUUCUUAAUAUUUCAAUUUUAGUAAUUUUAAAAUUAGC